UUAACCUCUCCUCCUCCUCCUCCUCCUUCUUCCUCUUCACUCUCUCUCUCUCUCUCUCUCUCUCUUCUGUACUCUACCGCACAACUCUCUCUCUCUCUCUCCUCUCUCUGUGUAUUAAUUAGAUCUGCGAGCAGAGCGUCGGCUCUUUAUAGCUCCCUCCCGGCCAUCUCAAUUCACCGUCUCUUCCUCUCUCCACAGCAACCCCCAUAUAUCUCUCUCUCUCUCUCUCUUUGUAUUUCCUUCUUGAUCUUAUGUCAUUUUCGACGCUCCCGGCCUCCACCCGCCCUUUCGAGCUCCGAUCGGGUCCUGCAUUGCCCCUACCCCAGCCCCACCCGCGUCGCCCGCGCCCGGCGAUCGGAUCCUUCGCCGAUCCGUCCCGGUGAGGAGGCGGCGGCCGCCUCGUGGGGCUGGGCUUCGUAGGCGGCGGCGGCGGCGGCGGCGGUUCCGAGGAUGAACCCGCUCUGCUGCAUUGCUCCGGUCUCGAUCGAUCGCGACCGGUCCAGCCCCGGCCAGUGCCAGGUCGGCGCCGAUUCGGUCGUGAAGCCGGUUAAUCCGAGCUCGAAGCCGGGCUUCUCGGCGCAGGUCUCGUCCGUCGGCGCCGAUUUCGAUAGGUUGGCGGGAGCCGCCGGUGCGGAUGAUAACGGCUCCGAAGCUACGAGGGAUUCGAAGGCGUUCGGCGGGAGUGGCGGAGUGAGUGGUGGCAGCGUGGUUGGGGUGCUGUACAAGUGGGUGAACUACGGGAAGGGGUGGAGGUCGAGGUGGUUCGUGCUCGAGGACGGAGUGUUGUCCUAUUACAAGGUUCACGGGCCGGAUAAGAUUGUGAUGAGUCCGACCAGAGACAAGGGCGUCCGGGUGAUCGGAGAGGAGUCGUGGAAGUACAUGAGGAAGGCCAGUUGGACGAGCAGUAACGGGAGGGUCGGUGUUGGGUCUUUGGGUUUGAGGAAGUGCAAGCCGUUCGGCGAAGUGCAUUUGAAGGUUUCAUCUAUUCGUGCUAGUCGGUCAGAUGACAAAAGACUCUCUAUAUUCACGGGGACGAAAACUCUUCACUUGUGCUGUGCAACUAGAGACGACAGAGCUACAUGGAUUGAGGCACUUGGAGCAGCAAAAGACCUUUUUCCUAGAGUUCUAACGAGCAGCGAUUUUGCACCUUCUGAUGAAGUCAUUGUCUCAACUGAGAAGCUUCGAUCUCGACUAUUGCAGGAAGGGUUAGCAGAGGUGGUCAUUGAAGACUGCGAGUCAAUCAUGCUAUCUGAACUCUCUGAGCUCCAAAGCCAGCUAAAUACUCUCCACCGGAAACAUUUGAUAUUGUUAGACACGCUGAGACGCCUGGAGGCUGAGAAGAUGGAGCUAGAGACAACUGUAGUGGAUGAAACAAAGGAGCGCGAUUCAUUUUGUGGACAAGGAAAUAGAAGAUUUAGUGAUUUCUACUCAGUCAUGUCAGAGGGAUCUGGAAGUGAAUCUGAUGCAGAUAUUGAAAGCCGGGAUGGAGUGGAUGCCGAGACAGAUGAAGAAGAUAACAUCUUUUUUGACACAAAAGAUUUUUUGUCUUCUGAAGCUUUAAGAAGUGCUUCUUACCGCAGUAAAGAAACCAUGGGCAGUUCUUGUACAGCUGACAAAGAUUGUUUCUUUUCUGAUCGUUUGAAUGGAAUCGACAAAGAGAUUAGGGCAGUUGAGUAUCCAUAUGUUGAGAGGAGGGAUGAUUUACCUGAACCAAAGGAGAAGGAGAAGCCCGUUGGUCUAUGGUCAAUUAUCAAGGACAAUAUCGGAAAGGAUCUAUCUGGGGUUUGUCUCCCUGUUUAUUUUAAUGAACCUCUCUCCUCGUUGCAGAAGUGCUUUGAAGAUUUGGAAUACUCUUACUUGGUUGAUCAUGCACUGGAAUGGGGAAAGCAGGGUAAUCACUUGAUGAGAAUCCUAAAUGUAGCUGCUUUUGCUGUGUCAGGCUAUGCAUCAACAGAAGGGAGGCAGUGCAAACCAUUCAAUCCUCUCCUUGGAGAGACCUACGAAGCUGACUAUCCAGACAAAGGACUCCGCUUUUUCUCUGAGAAGGUGAGUCACCACCCAACAAUUGUUGCUUGUCACUGUGAAGGAAGAGGCUGGAAAUUUUGGGCAGAUUCCAAUCUCAAGGGCAAGUUUUGGGGGCGUUCUAUUCAGCUUGAUCCUGUGGGUAUCCUCACCCUGCAGUUUGAGGAUGGUGAGACAUAUCACUGGAGCAAGGUCACAACUUCCAUUUACAACAUCAUUCUCGGUAAAAUCUAUUGUGACCACUAUGGAACAAUGCGCAUUAGGGGCAGUGGCAACUAUUCCUGCAAGCUCAAGUUCAAGGAGCAGUCCAUCAUAGACCGAAAUCCCCACCAGGUUCAUGGGUUUGUGCAAGAUAAUAAAACUGGGGAGAAGGUCGCCAUGUUGUUUGGAAAGUGGGAUGAGGCGCUGUACUAUGUGAUGGGGGAUCCAACGACAAAUCCUAAAGGGUAUGAUCCAAUGACAGAAGCUGUUUUAUUAUGGGAAAGAGACAAGUAUCUCACCAAGACAAGAUACAAUUUGUCUCCGUUUGCAAUUUCCCUAAAUGAGCUCACGCCAGGCUUACGAGAGAAACUGCCCCCAACUGAUUCAAGGUUGAGACCUGAUCAGAGACACUUAGAAAAUGGGGAAUACGAGUCAGCCAAUGCUGAGAAAUUAAGACUCGAACAUAUACAGAGACAGGCAAGAAAGUUACAGGAGGGAGGUUGGCAACCACGAUGGUUUGGUAAGGAUGACGACGGAUGUUAUCGCUACAUGGGUGGGUAUUGGGAAGCUCGAGAUCAGAAGAACUGGGAUGGAAUCCCCGACAUAUUCGGCCAAAAUGCUGAUGCUUCACCUGGCACUGCGGAAGGAUAGAUGUCUCCUGGUUUUGUCUUGAAUAUAGGCAUACACAUUUUCCCUAUCCUCUUCUUCGCCUUUUCCUCUUUUAUCUUCCACUUCUGUUCUUAUCAUUGUGGAUGAUGAAUGUGCUUGAAUUUGAAGAGGUAGCUUUUUUGUUCGACCAGGAGAAGCUGGAUAGGGUUCACUUUUAGUUUUGGCACAGGUUAGUUUAUAUCACGGAGGUAUGUGUAGGAAAGCCCCUCUCCUACAUCCUUUCAUUUCUUAAUGACACGGCCUUUCGGCUUUGCAAUUA